CGUUCGAGCUCACAGCACUCGCAAUCUCUUCACCAGCCGCGGCCAGGUCUAGCACCACUGGGAAAACAAGACCCUAUCUCGCCUACUCCGUCUACUACUUCUUUCCCACCAUCGACAUACCCGCCAAAUCACUCGCUAGGAAACGGCAUCCUACAGUCCCAGAGUGCGUACGGACCACCGUCGCAAGAGCCACCCUACUACACCACCCAUCCGACAUCAUAUACAACAGCAUCAGCUUCGGCACAGUAUCCUUCUAGCGGACCACCAGACCUCAUGGCAACCGCCGCUCAAAUGCAGAGGCCUGCUUACCCCCCCAUCUACCACACCCCUCAAUCCAACUCGCCAGCAUCUGUAGCCUCGCAGCCGCAUGAUCAGCAUAUCGCCCCAGAUGCCACACCAGAUGUAUGGUUAUUCACCAUAUUCGCCGAUGAACACGGUGCAACCGUCGCCUUACGCGGCGCAUCAUUCCCCACAACCACACACCCUCACCUCGCAAUCCAUGAUGAUGCCCCCUCAGACGACGACGGCGCAGAUGUCGCCGCACCUAUCCUCCCACAACCCCAACGCCGCGCUGUCCAGCAGCCCAGCCAUGAAAAUGGAUUCCAACUCCCAGCCCGCAUUGGCGCAACGACCGAUGCUCCACGCGCCCCCCUAUCUACUUCCAACACCGGCCUCCAAGCAGGCAGCAUUCACCAAAUAUCUCCUCUAGGAACGAGCUCGAGUGCCGCGCCGGGCCCCAUCCCUGCCACCACGCCGCUCGUGGUCCGGCAAGACAGCAACGGGGUACAGUGGAUUGCGUUCGAGUACUCGCGAGACCGCGUCAAGAUGGAGUAUACCAUCCGCUGCGACGUCGAGUCCGUCAACGUGGAGAGCCUCAGCCAGGAGUUUAAGACGGAGAACUGCGUGUACCCGCGCGCCUGUUGCAACAAGGACCAGUACCGGGGCAACCGGCUGGUGUACGAGACCGAGUGCAACACCGUCGGCUGGGCGCUCGCCGAGCUGAACGCGUCACUGCGCGGGAAGCGCGGGCUUAUCCAGCGCGCCGUGGAUAGCUGGCGCAACAGCAACCAGGACCCGCGGCUUCGCAGCAGAAGAGUCCGCCGCCAGGCCAAGGUCAACUAUCGCAAGCAGUCCAUGGCCCCACCCACGCCACACAUGCCAGCUCCAGGUCCCAUGGGUCCGGGACUGCCCAGCACGCCGUCAAUGCAGGCCCCUGGCCCGCGGCAGAGUAUUGGUGGUCCUGGGCCUAUGGUGAUGGGGCCGCCGCAGUUGCAUCAUCAUCACGCUCAACCGGAUGGUAGCCCUAAGAUUGAGGAAGUUAGCGGCACGACAGACUACACCAGCGCUGCCCAGCACUCCAUUGACUCUGCCCGCCUACCACCCGCCCCCCACGCCGGCGCCGAUCUUCGACGCGCCCAAGCCUUCCACGACGCAACCCCCGUCCCGAAAUCCUCCAGCGCCGGCCCAUCCAUGCCACCCCCGCUCCGCGACAGCGGCCUGGCCGCGCUAGGGCGCCACCCAACAAUCGCUGCCUCAUCCAGCCGCAUGGGUGCUACUGCAGCCCACGCCGACGCUGUCGGCGAUGUUGACAUCAGCCCAACCAAUGACGACCUCUUCGGCCAACUCCCCGACGGGAAGCGGCGCACCUUCAUCCUAGUCGAAGACCCGCAGCGCGGCGCGCGCGUGCGCGUCAAGGUCAUGCUGGACAAGGUCAACAUGGACGAGAUCCCGGACUCCUACCGCAUGACAAACGCCGUGUACCCGCGCACCUACUUCCCCGUGCAGAUGAAAGAUGCUCCGGGCGCCCUCAUCCCUGGCAGGCGCUUCUUCCAUGGCGACGAGCAGGACGACGAGGACUCGACUGUUGGUCGGACUAGUGUAGCUGCACCCUCGCUGGAUGGCGAGCGCGAUGUCGAUGUGCCCAGGCUCUCACGCCGACGGCACCAGAAAGAGGUUUUGCUUAACGAUCUCGGCUAUAGAUUGAGUUGGAGUCAGAGCAGAGUGUUCGCCGGACGGAUGCUAUUUUUGCAGCGAUCGCUGGAUGCCUACCGUAACAAAAUGCGCAGCAGCAUUUUGGCUGCGGGUCAGGAUGCGGCUGAUAUCCCCGAGCAUUUUGAUACUCGGCGUGGGAAACGCCGGUUCUUGGAGCGCGGCGGGCGCCGGUUGGAAACCGAGCAGCCGAGUGCGUCGAGGCGGAGUGCGGAGGAGGUGGAGAGUUAA